AUUUCCAGUAGACGUUGCUCCAGUCUUCGAAAUCAGCGUGGCGCCUGAGGAGUGCAGCACUGCGGUUGUCGUCACGCUACCAUCCACAACUUGGCAAGCUAGCUAGCUGCACGCAGAAAAAAAAUCUUACGUUGUGUUGCCCAGUAGCAUCAUGCUCGCGAAGUUUUCGCGCUCUGUGUAUUCGUGUUCUAUCCAGAUGCUUGGCGGGUUCCGCAUUAACGCGCUGCGGCGAGCGUCUCAAGGAAAACGUCUCGACAUCUCCGGCAUUUAUCCGCCAAUUACGACUCCCUUCGACGCAGGCUCGGGUCGCGUGUCAUACGAGAAGCUGGAGCAAAACUUGAAGCGCUGGUGCUCGCUACCGUUCCGUGGUCUAGUAGUGCAUGGCUCUACCGGCGAAUGCGUGCUACUGUCAACAGACGAGAGGCUCGAGAUCGUGCGUCGAGUGAAGUCCACGCUGCCCGACGAUAAGCUUCUCAUCGUUGGCGCGGGCCAGGAGUCUACGCAGGCUACGAUCGAACUCGCAACGCAGUCCGCGAAUGCCGGCGCGUCCGCAGUGCUGGUCGUUACGCCCUGCUACUACAAAGGACGCAUGACAGCCGAUGCCCUCGAGAAGCACUUCACCCGAGUGGCCGACGAGAGCCCGGUGCCUGUGAUUCUGUACAACAUGCCCGGUAACACGGGCGUUGACCUGCCGGCCGACGUGGCGAUACGUAUGUCGGCGCACCCGAACGUGAUCGGCAUGAAGGAAAGUGGCGGAGAGAUCGCCAAGAUCGGCUACGUAGUGCACAAAACCAGACAGUCCGGCUUUCAGGUGUUGGCCGGCUCCGCCGGUUUCCUACUGCCAUCGCUACAAGUCGGCGCUGUUGGCGGCGUGUGCGCUCUUGCCAACACGCUCGGCGCCGAAGUUUGCCGCCUGCAGGAGCUCCACGAAAGCGGAGACGUGAAGGAGGCGCUCAAAUUGCAGCGGCGGCUGAUAGCGCCCAACGCCGGUGUGACCAAGCGUUUCGGCAUUGCGGGGGUGAAGGCAUCUAUGGAAUGGUUCGGGCUGUACGGGGGUCCUUUAAGGUCACCCCUGUUGCCGCUCACUGAAAGUGAACUUAUUGAACUGAGGAAGAUUUUUACAGAAGAAGGAUUUCUGAAUCCUUAGAUGAAAGCGCGUGGUGGAGUGCGGAACCAACUCGUGUGCAUUUUCACGUAGAUCGCUGUUGCCUCGUUGUAUUAGAUAGAUGCUGUGCGGGGUGUAUGUCAAUGAAUAAAAUUUCUACUAUCGGCA